GCGUGUUGAUUUGAGAGUGGAAAAGGUUGGUUAGGUUCCAGAUCUCUACUGGCUGGUGUUAGCUGCGCACAUACACUCUGAACGAGCUGGUUUGGAGAUGCCAAAGCGCCUCCUCACUGUUAUGCACUCUAAUACAAAGCAGAGGGAUCCGGUAGCACAAGCGGGAACUAUCGACUGAUCUCCAGGUUUAGAGCAUAUCCAGGGAACCUUGCUCCCUCAUUAGGUCUUCUUUUGGAUCAUAGACUAGGAUGCUUUGGUGAUGGGUGUUGGAUUAGAGCCCAGGAAAUCUCUCCCUCCCUUGGAAAGCCAAAGGUACAGCUUUCUUACAGCAGAAAAGAAGUUUCGUUUUGAGUUACAGCAAAUCUGGAAAUAAAGCGACGAGCGCUGAAAGGAAUAAUAAUCAAAAGAAAGACCGCUGGACAUUCUGUGCUAGAGAGGGAGUUUAAUGUCAAUCACAUUUGGAUUUUAUUUAUAUAUUUGUCCUGCUGAAAAACGAUAGCGCUGGGAGUACGGUACUUGGAUUGUGGAGAGCUCUACCCUUGGAAAACGAAUGAGACUCUUUUUUGGUUUGCCAUGGGAAUGCUGAUUUAUAAGCAUUAGAGGUCAAAUGAUAAUCUUCACUUGUUCUUUAAUCUAAACAUUGUAUUUAUGAAAUGGAAAAACGGGGACUCUACGGUGUCCUUUAUUAUCUGAUGUUAAAUGCGCCCCUAUUAUUGUAUGUAAAUGCGACAUUUACUGAAGUCCCCAAAGAUGUGAGUGUCAGUGAGGGAGAAGAUAUUGAGAUGCCUUGUGCUUUUCGGGCCAGCGGAUCCACGUCUUUCUCCCUGGAGAUUCAGUGGUGGUAUCUUAAGGAACCAGCCGCAAGAGAACUUGCACAUGAACUGCAAAUUAGUGCCCCUGCAAACAGAGCUAAGGUGGCUCACAGAGACGCCACGAAGAUCAGUACUGUCAGAGUACAAGGCAAUGACAUAUCUCACAGGCUGCGACUCUCUAAUGUGAGAAAAGUGGACGAGGGGGUAUAUGAGUGUCGGGUGUCCGGCAACAGUGGUGACGAGACUCAGGAACACAAAGCCCAGGCAACGUUGCGGGUCACCCCUCGCGAUGGCAUGUUGGCAGAAGAGGCCGUCUCUCAUAUUCAGAAUAGAUGGCCCCUUAGGAACAAUCCAGCCGGCAAAGCCACCUCUGAGCCUGGCCAGAAUAAAAGUCGUGUGCCAUCCUCUGAAAGAGCUGGCUCAACAACAGCAGCAGCUGCUGCCACAUCCUCAGCUUCGCCACAGCCUGGAAAUGCGGCCAUCCUCCGACAGGAACAUGGAACCGGUUGUGGAACCAUUGCAACCACAGAGCCCUUCUUGUAUUUUUCCCUUCUGAUCUUGCAUAGGCUUCUUCCCUUACUGGUGAACCACUGAUAGACUUCAGCAAACAACAGUCUUCAACCUUCUCACUUAAUGUACCAAACAAAAAGGGGAAUACUGUAUACUCAUAUGGCACACCACUGAGGAAGUUAAACAUAAAAUUAAAAAGUAAGUGAAUAAAUAAAUAAGAAACAAUCUCCUAACUCGGACUGAUUGAAGACCCUACCGUCUUAAAGCUGGAUGUAAAUGGAUUUUAUGAAGCAUGACAAAAAAAAAAUAAAGGAAUCUAUGUGAAUACAAGCUUCACAAUUGUUGGAAAUCUAGUGUUACACACAACCAACAUCCACAAAAAGAUGCAUCGAGUUUCCAGAUAACAGUGUCUGGCCCUGCCGUGUGCAUGGCGUUCAUUAUUUAUGUUAUUGUAUUUUUUCUCCUUUGUAAAAUUGAUCCUUCUGCUUUAUCUUUUUUGCACGAACUGUUGAGCAGUUAGCCAUUCUUUUGCGUUUCAAAGAAAAUGAAGCCAGUGUUGAAAGCCCCAUCAAGGAGGACAAUAUUUAUGUAGAUCAGUGUAAGACGUUUGUUUAUUUCUUUUAAAGCAUUUUACAUUAUAUAUCAAAAAUAUGAUCUUCUUAUAUAUUUUGAUUAAAUGAGGCACACCUUACCAUAGUUACUAGCCACCUUCAAUAAUGUUUAUUUUUUAUUAAAGAUGGUGAUCAAGGUAUGACAUUCAUUUAUAAACAGUAUUGGUAUAUUGCCAACACCAGUUGAAAUAAAGGUUUUUUGAAAUAAUCACAUUGCUCCUACGUGUGUAAUUUAAAGAUCAAAUUAAACAAUGAAAAUUUGAAGUUUCUUA